AUGGCCGACCUCGACGAGAGCCUGGCGGAGGAGGAGCUGGAGCUGGCCCACAAGGUGGAACUGCCGCCGAUUGCCGUCACCCUCAAGGUCGAGCUGGGCCUCAUGAUCCUGUCGGCCAUCGCGGGCGUCUGCGCGAACCUCGUCGCCAUCUGGGUGGCCGCGUCGGCGCGAAAGAGCAACGUCAUCAACCUGUACGUGAUGCAGAGAGCCGUGUCCGACCUCAUCUACCUCCUGACAGUGCCGGUGCUGGCGGCGCGGAUCCUCAUGCGGACUUGGGCGUUCGGCAGCGCCAUCUGCAAGCUCACUGUGUCGAGCGCCCACAUGUGUAUCUUCGCGAGCUCGGCCUUCCUGGUGGCCAUGAGCGUGGAGUGCUACAGGCACUACGCCCACAACGCGCCCAUGACCCGCACGAGGUGGUUCUACGUGGCCACGACCCUCAUCUGGAUCGGCGUCGUGUCCCUCAGCGCCUCGCUCAUCUCGUACAUCGAUGUCGUGGAGGGCUACAGCGGCAUGUUCUUCUGCACCGUCACCGACUUCAACCUCAAGUUCCUCACGUUCAUCGACAGUCUGGUGAUCGUGAUGGUGAUGGUGCCGAUGCUGAUCAACUGGGGCUGCAUCCUGCGCAUGGUCGCCUCGCGGAGGGCGUGGAAGCGCAUGGGCCUGAGCGAGAAGGCGCUCGCCAACAGGCGCUUCCUGGUGGCGCUGAGCGCGGCGUACACACUCAUUCUCACUCCCUUCUGCGUGACGCGGCUGCUCGGCAUGGCCUCCUCCUUCAGCCUCACCCUGCUAAGGGCGCUUCAGCUGACCAGCCCUCUCACAUAUAUCAACGCCACCGUCAGCCCCGUCAUCUACCUGCUCCUGAGAAGGCGACUGACGGCGCCGGGCGAGGGCGAGAGGCAGUCCCAGGAGGCCAUCACGUGCGUCGAAAUUUCCUCCGACGCGUGA